GAAAUUGGGGUGCGAUUCCUGAAUUAGCGAGAAAAUAUCGAAAGCAUAGUCCUGAUGGACUAGGUAUUUUAGAACAGACUGUAUUGGCGGAAUUAGCUUUAGUACAAGUGAUUGAAAAAACUAAGGAUGAAAAGGAAAUUUAUGAUAACGAUUCGCCCGAUCAUAUUUCGAUGCCCCCAACUGUUGAUGAGUCUUUAGUCAGUGACGUAUUUGCUAAAUUAGAGUCGGCGCUUUCACAGGCUUCAGGACAAGAGAAAGAGUACACUUCUAUUGUACUAGCACGUACCUACUUCUCUGUGGGAAGAUUUGACAAAUGUAUCCAGACUUUGAGUACCAACUUUGUUCCACCUCAAAUACCGGUAGGAUACAAUUUCGUACUUAUCAUUCAAGGCCUAACUAUAAAAGGAAUGGCGCAAGAAACACUUGAUGAUUAUGAUGGUGCAAUCUCUUGUUAUGAUCAAGUUGGCGCUUUACUGGCACAAUAUUCAGGUGAAGGACAUGAACAAUUGACAAAUUGGACGGAAGAAGUUCUAUAUCGGACAUCAUUACUGAAAGUAAGAUUGGGCGAACAUUCUGCUGUAUAUACACCGCAUACGUUCCGCGUCGAGUUAACUGGACUGCAUACACUAUAUGAGAGUGUAUUAUACCAAAUAACGUCAUUUCCCAAGGCUGGUGAAACAAAUUGGAGAGUUUUGGAAAUGGUUGAUCAAAUAAUGUCUGAUUGGGUUGUAUUAAAUGGUGGAACAACUGCAGAAAUGCGAGGAUUGAUUGAGAUGCUUUAUCGUGCUGCUCAAAGAACCUUUCAAUCUCCAAAAAUUCUACGUUAUCUAACAUUUACAUUGAACACGCUUGGUGAUUAUGAUGAAGCCGAGUUAGCUUUAGAAGCCUACACCGCAUUGGUUGAGAAAAUUAGGGAAACAAAAACAGCUGAAGUUUUUAAAGAGAUUCCUUCUGCAGAGAAUACACAUGAAGAUAAGUUUUCUGAUAACGAAAGUAUCGAGCAUGUCGUGAAAGUAUUGAUUACUGGUUCAGAGAUGAUGGCAAAACAUUUAUGCAAGUCAAAUGAAACUCUGGAAUAUGCACAAAAAGCCGUGACCUGGUGUGAAAUUGACGAUGAUUUUGUGGAUAAUAAAUUGUUAGCUCAUGCUUGGCGCUGUGUUGGUGUUGGCUACAGUUUAACUGCACGUGAAGUAAUGGAUCCAGAGAACCGUCCUGAUCUUCACUCCAAAUCAAUCGAAGCUCUUGAUAAGUCGAUAUCAUUUGAUCCGGAUGCUUUUGAAACGCAUUAUCUUUUGGCCUUGGAAUAUGCAAUUACAAGAGACAUUAAUAAAGCAACUGCUUGCGUGCGACAAGCUAUAGUAUUAGAAAAUGAGAGCAUUCCUUGCUGGCAUUUACUUGCCCUUCUCAUGUCCUCUCAAAAAGAUAUUCAAGGUGCAUUGAAAGCAUGUGAAAUGUUUUUGAACGAAACGGAUUUAGAGAAUGCGGAUUCGUCCAUUGAUGAUGGUGAAGAAUUUUUAUCUUUUAAAUUAACACAAAACGCCUUGCAAGAGUUAGCAAACGGUCCUGAAACUGCGAUACAGAACCAUGAAAAGCUUUUCACUUUAUAUGCAAAAAUGUUUCCUGAAUAUACUUUGAUAUCUCCAAGUGACCUCCCAUAUGAUUCACCUAGUUCACGGAAGCAUGAUGAUACUCAAACACAAACCGCACAAUCACCAAAACCUGCAACUAGUUUACGAAACUUUCCAAGCAUCAUUGAAAAGAAAGAUGGGGAUGAAAGUACUGACGGAUCCAUUUCAAGCAUUGGACUAGGAAACAAAGACACACUUGAGGUUCCCAAGGCAAAUUAUGCAUCAUCAAUCGCGUCUUCCAGGAACUCAGCAUCAUCUCGUCGUAGUACAACACCCACAAUUUCUGGUAUUCCGUCUGCUAAAUCGGUUACAUCAUUUACCAUACCCUCACAACCAGUUCUGAAAAUGCGGCAGAGAAAACAACGAGCCACUAAAAGUUUAGUAGAUUUAUGGCUUUCUUCUGCAGCGACCUUUCGUCGUCUUGGCAACUUAGAAGAAGCACAGAAAGCCAUAGAAAGUGCUGAAGAGACUGAUAAUUCUAAUCCGGAUGUAUGGUGUCAGUUUGGUUACUUGCUUUCUAUUCAAAAGCAAUAUGCUGAUGCGAUUACAUCAUUUCAUAAAGCUCUUGCAAUUGAUGGAAGUCACGUUCCAACUCUUAUUCAUUUAGCAAGAACUUAUCUUGAAACAGACAAUAUCGAUAUUGCGGAAGGCCUUCUCGAGAGUGUUACUAAGGGCAAUGGUUGGGACUGUGCAGAAGCUUG